AAGUAUCGCUUCAUCUGAUUGGUUGAAACUUUGGCGGACUUUAUCCGUCCUCGUCGCACUUUUUCACUCCCCCCUUCCUCGUGUUUACAGUCAAGUUUUUGACAGGGACUGCAGCUUCUCUUCCUGCACCGUGGGUCUUCAAAAGCCAUGUCUUUAACUAACGGACAACAUGUCACCAAGGAAACAUGGGAGUCUCACAACAAGAUGAUGUUGGAGCCGCUGGCUGUCAAUGAUUCUGAGGUGUUCUCCAUUAUCAAAAAAGAGAAGCACAGGCAGACAUAUGGACUGGAACUGAUUGCUUCAGAGAACUUCACCAGCAGAGCUGUUUUAGAGGCUCUUGGUUCUUGUAUGAACAACAAGUACUCUGAAGGAUAUCCUGGUCAGAGGUACUAUGGCGGUACUGAGCACGUUGACGAGCUGGAGAGGCUCUGCCAGAAAAGGGCGCUAGAGGCCUAUGGUCUGGACUCUGAGAAAUGGGGCGUGAACGUGCAGCCUUAUUCUGGUUCUCCGGCCAACUUUGCAAUCUACACUGCCAUCGUGGAGCCUCAUGGUCGAAUCAUGGGCCUGGACCUGCCGGAUGGAGGUCAUUUAACACACGGCUUCAUGACAGAGAAGAAGAAAAUUUCUGCAACAUCCAUCUUCUUUGAGUCCAUGCCAUAUAAGGUGAAUCCAGAAACUGGUUACAUCGACUACGACCGACUGCAAGAAAACGCACGCCUCUUCCACCCCAAACUCAUCAUUGCAGGAACCAGCUGCUAUUCCCGCAACAUUGACUACGCCCGCAUGAGGCAGAUUGCCAAUGAGAAUGGCGCGUUUCUGAUGGGAGACAUGGCGCACAUCAGUGGAUUGGUGGCUGCCGGAGUCGUGCCUUCGCCUUUUGACUGCUGUGACAUCGUUUCCACGACAACCCACAAGACGCUGCGUGGCUGCCGAGCCGGGCUGAUAUUCUUCAAGAAAGGUGUGCGGAGUGUGGACGCCAAGGGCAAGGAGACCAUGUACAAUCUUGAGUCUUUAAUCAAUCAAGCUGUGUUUCCAGGGCUACAAGGCGGGCCACACAAUCACGCCAUUGCAGGUGUCGCGGUAGCUCUCAAACAAGCCAUGACACCUGAGUUCAAAGCUUACCAGUUGCAGGUUCUUGUCAACUGCAAAGCUAUGUCCAACGCUCUAAUUGAGCACGGCUACAAGAUUGUCACUGGUGGUUCUGACAAUCAUUUGAUCUUGCUGGACCUGCGCACCAAAGGAACUGACGGAGGACGAGCAGAGAAGGUUCUGGAAGCCUGUGCCAUUGCUUGCAAUAAAAACACCUGCCCAGGGGACAAGAGUGCUUUGCGCCCCAGUGGACUGAGAUUUGGCUCUCCAGCUCUGACCUCCAGAGGCUUGGUGGAAGAUGACUUUAGGAAGGUGGCAGAGUUUAUUCACAGAGGCAUUGAGUUGACCUUGGAGGUGCAGAGAAGUCUGGAUCCCAAAGCUCCUCUGAAGGAAUUCAUCCAGGCCUUGGCCCAGGAAGAGAAGUUCCAGCAGCGUGUAGCAGAGAUCAAGACAGAAGUGGAGGCUUUCGCCAGUCAUUUUCCCAUGCCUGGUCUCCCUGAGCUGUAGAGGACGAUAGUAUCCAGAUAUGGAUGGUGGGACAAAUAAUUAUGGCAAAAGUUACAUGUAAUGAUGACCUCCAUCAUUCAUUUGUGAUGCGGUUCUACCCCAUCAAAUAAGACGGUUAUCACCUUGAUUAAUUUUUCAGUCAAAGCAAGCUAUCAUGAUUUUUUUUGUGCUUUCCUCUACUGCAGCUUUGUCCACAUUUAAGCUUUAAGUUUCAGUGAAAUGUCUAAAUCUACACUAUGAAAUAUGACAAUCAUUUUCUUGAUGAAGUACAUUUGACACCAGGUAUACAGUAUGUGUGAUGUAUUUUAAAUACAGCUUCUUUGCCAAUAAAAUCAACAUGU